UCCAUGAUGCCAGGAAACCAAACACAAUUCACUGAAUUCAUCCUCCUGGGAUUUUCUGAGAAACCAGAUGAGCAGGGUCCCCUCUUUGGGCUGUUCUUGGGCAUAUAUUUGGUCACAGUGGUUGGAAACCUGCUCAUAAUGUUGGCCAUUGGCUCUGACUCUCGCCUCCACACUCCCAUGUACUUCUUUCUUUCCAAUUUGAGCUUUGUGGAUAUCUGUGUAGUAUCCACCACAGUCCCCAAGAUGUUGGUGAGCAUUUUGACACAGACAAAGGCCAUCCCUUAUGCUAACUGUCUUGCUCAGAUGUACUUCUUUUUGUGUUUUGCUGGUUUGGACAAUUUUCUCCUCACUGCAAUGGCCUAUGACCGUUUUGUGGCUAUCUGUCACCCUCUACGAUACACAGCCAUCAUGAGUCCUCGCCUCUGUGGCCAGCUGGUGCUGUUCUGCUGGAUAAUAAGCUUUCUAAACUCCCUUAUUCACAGUCUGAUGGUAACACGGCUCUCCUUCUGCACGGACCAUGAAAUUCAGCACUUCUUUUGUGACCUUACUGAGGUUCUAAAACUCUCUUGUUCUGACACUCUCAUCAAUUAUGCCUAUAUAUACAUUGUUACUGGACUGCUGGCUAUUCUGCCCCUCACAGGGAUCCUUUACUCUUAUAUUCAGAUCUGUUCCUCCAUUUUGAAAAUCCCAUCUGCUCAGGGUAAGUAUAAAGCAUUUUCUACCUGUGGGUCUCAUCUCUCUGUUGUUUCCAUAUUCUAUGGCACAGUGUUUGGAGUAUAUUUGAGUUCCUCUGAUACCCACUUUUCCUGGAAGAAAACAGUUGCCUCAGCAAUGUAUGCUGUGGUCACUCCCAUGUUGAACCCUUUCAUCUAUACACUAAGAAAUAAGGACAUAAAAGAGGCCCUUAGGAGGGGCAUUAGCAGAAGUGCCUCUGCUCAGUGA